AUGGAUUCCAAUCCAUUUUUGAAUUUAAAUUUCGUUGAAUCUUCCCCCAUUCCUUUAUUUGGCACGCAAGCCACACAAGAUGCAAACUUCGAGCAACACAGUCCAGCGCAGCGUAAAGAACGGAGGGUUUGGACAGCAACAGAUGAUCUGGUCAUCAUCAGCGCUUGGUUAAACACCAGCAAAGAUGCUAUUGUUGCGAACGAACAGAAGUGUGGGGCCUUCUGGAAGAGAAUAGCAGACUACAUGGCUGCUAGUCCGAAGCUUGUAGGCAUUGAAAAAAGAGAGCAACUGCACUGCAAGAAUCGGUGGCACAAGAUCAAUGAUCAAGACUGCAAAUAUAACAAAAAGUUCAGUCUGGAACACGCCUGGAAGGAGCUUCGCUAUGACCAGAAGUGGUGUCUUAUAUCUACGGACAAAACCGGUAAAAAGAGAAAAGGUGAGGACGAUGUUGAGUCCUCAACAUCUCACGCAACUGACAAUGUGAGUGGUCAAUCAGUUGAUGUAAUGGAGCGGCCCCCUGGUGUUAAGGCUGCCAAGCGCCGCGGUAAAAAGCCAUUGGAAGAGGACAAGGAGGUACAGGGCUUUCAGCGUAUGUGGGAGGUUAAAGAAGAGGAUUGGUGUAGGAAAGAAAAGCAAGCCAAGAUAGGUCUACUUGACCGUCUACUGGCUAAAACAGAACCACUCGCUGACUAUGAAGAAACGCUAAAGAAGAAGCUCAUUGCUGAGUUGUUCUGA